GAUAAAUAUCCUGCAGCUCUGUCACUCUCACACACUCAGUGUGCUGGAUCAGAGCAAAUCAUGGCUGCUUUCACACACACACUCGCCUCGCUGCUGGUCCUGUUUACGCUAACUUCAGCGCAACCGAGAGGAGAUUACUCUGUGCCUUCUGAGCACUGUGUCCCUAACGACUCCUUUGGGUCUUACUGUCCCACCACAUGUGGCGUAGAAAAUUAUCUCCAUACCUACAAUUCAGGUGUCCAGAGGGACCUGAAUCACAUGGACCAGCUCCUGCAGGAGAUUUCCAACCUGACCAGAGGAGCUCAGGAUAAAGUGGUGUAUCUGAAGGACUCACAGACUCAGGCUCAGAAAUCUUCACCAGAUCUGUACAUCCAGAAGUCCUCGAACAUGCUGGACGAUGUGCUGCGGUUCGAGAGAAGUAUUCUCACUCAGGAGGAACAGAUUUAUGAUCUGCAGGCGACACUGGCAGCCAACGAGAAGCGUCUUACGGAUCUAAAGCAGUUAUCUCUUCAGCUCGAGCAGAAGUGUAAACUGCCCUGUAAAGACUCAGUAACCAUUCAGCCCAUCACUGGGAAAGAUUGUCAGGAGAUUGCUAAUAAGGGUGGUAAAGUUAGUGGCCUGUAUUACGUCCAGCCUGCCAAAGCACCCACGCCGUUCCUCGUGUACUGUGAGAUCGACGGCUCGGGCCGAGGCUGGACCGUACUUCAGAGGAGGCGUGAUGGCAGUGUUAACUUCAACAGAAACUGGAUCCCGUAUAAAGAAGGCUUCGGUUAUCUCUCUCCUGAUGACAGCACAGAGUUCUGGCUCGGAAACGAGAAGAUCCACCUGCUCUCUGUUCAGUCCGCCAUUCCGUAUGUGCUGCGGAUCGAGAUGGUGGACUGGGAUGGCAUGAAAAAAUAUGCAGAUUAUGCUGUGUUUAAAGUGGGUCCCGAGGCCGAUCAGUACCGCCUGACCUACGCUUACUAUUUCGGAGGAGACGCCGGGGACGCGUUCGACGGGUUCGCCUUCGGAGACGAUGUGAGUGAUAAAGCUCACACAUCUCACAACGGCCUGCAGUUCAGCACACCUGACCGAGAUAACGACAGGUACAGCGGGAACUGCGCUAAGCAGGACGGCUCAGGCUGGUGGAUGAACCAGUGUCACGCUGCUCACAUGAACGGGAAAUAUUACAGAGGAGGUACAUACACACAAAAGGACGUGGGCGAGCACGGGUUCGAUAACGGCAUUAUCUGGGCCACGUGGCACAAUCGCUGGUACUCACUGAAGCAGACCACCAUGAAGAUCAUUCCCUUAAACAGAGUCCAAGCUGGAGGGCAACUAGGCCUGGACAUCGGCAAAGGAGAUUUCCCGACCCGCUAAAGACCGCAGCAAUGCGACACACAACCACCUGAAUUAAUUUCACACUGAUUUUAACACAUUUUAUCUUCAUCAUCACAUCAUAACUCAUUCUUCAGCAUACAGAGAGCAGAUAUUUAGCACUUUUUAUCAUAUCAUCACAUCAAGGCGAUUCUUACUGAAUGAUGUUCAUAAAGAGAACUGAGUAAACCUGCUGAAACAUCAUAUUAAAAUAGUUUUAUGAUUGUU